GGAGUGCCUGGCCAGCUGCACUCAUGCUGCAGCCUUGAGCCAUCCCACAUCCUGCUCUCGGGCUCCCUCUGGUCACCGGCGGGCGCCGAGCUGCUGAGGCCAUGCCGCUGAAACAUUAUCUUUUUUUGCUGCUGGGAUGCCAAGCCUGGGGUGCAGGGUUGGCCUACUAUGGCUGCCCUAGUGAGUGUACCUGCUCGAGGGCCUCCCAGGUGGAGUGCACUGGGGCACGCAUUGUGGCCGUGCCCACCCCCCUGCCUUGGAAUGCCAUGAGCCUGCAGAUCCUCAAUACACACAUCACUGAACUCAACGAGUCCCCAUUCCUCAACAUCUCGGCCCUCAUUGCCCUGAGAAUUGAGAAGAAUGAGCUGUCUCACAUCAUGCCUGGUGCCUUCCGCAAUCUAGGCUCACUGCGUUACCUCAGCCUUGCCAACAACAAGCUUCAGGUUCUGCCUAUUGGCCUUUUCCAGGGCCUAGACAACCUGGAGUCACUCCUUCUGUCCAGCAACCAGUUGGCACAGAUCCAGCCAGCACACUUCUCCCAGUUCAGCAACCUCAAGGAACUGCAGUUGCAUGGCAACCACCUAGAAUAUAUCCCUGACGGUGCCUUCGACCACCUGGUGGGCCUCACCAAGCUCAAUCUGGGCAAGAACAGCCUUACCCGCCUCUCUCCUGGAGUCUUCCAGCACCUGGGCAACCUCGAGGUCCUCCGGCUAUAUGAGAACAGGCUCACGGACAUCCCCAUGGGCACUUUUGAUGGAUGUGGGAACCUCCAGGAGCUGGCCCUGCAGCAGAACCAGAUUGGCAUGCUCUCCCCUGGCCUCUUCCAUAACAACCGUAACCUCCAGAAGCUCUAUUUGUCCAACAACCACAUCUCCCAGCUGCCCCCUGGCAUUUUCAUGCAGCUGCCCCACCUCAACCGUCUCACACUCUUUGGGAAUUCUCUGAGGGAGCUCUCUCCCGGGAUCUUUGGGCCCAUGCACAACUUGCGAGAGCUUUGGAUUUAUGACAACCACAUCACUUCUAUACCUGACAAUGUUUUCAGCAGCCUCCACCAAUUGCAGGUCCUGAUCCUCAGCCGCAACCAGAUCAGCUACAUCUCCCCAAAUGCCUUCAAUGGGCUUAUGGAGCUGCGGGAGCUGUCCCUCCACACCAAUGCACUGCAGGAGCUCGAUGGCAAUGUCUUCCAUAUGUUGGCCAACCUGCAGAGCAUCUCCCUGCAGAACAAUCGCCUCAGACAGCUGCCUGGGAAUAUUUUUGUCAAUGUCAACAACCUCAUGACCAUUCAGCUGCAGAACAACCAACUGGAGAACCUUCCCGUGGGGAUCUUUGAUCACCUGGGGAACCUGCGUGAGCUGGGGCUCUAUGACAAUCCCUGGAGGUGUGACGCAGGCAUCCUUCCACUCCGCAACUGGCUGCUGCUCAACAAGGCCAGGCUGGGGACAGAUGCCCUUCCUGUGUGUUUCAGCCCAGCCAGUGUCCGAGGUCAGUCCGUCAUCAUCAUCAACAUCGACACUGUUGUCCCUGCUGUCCCGGUCCCAGCAAUCCCGGUGGUGCCCAGCUACCCGGAGACAACCAGCUACCCUGCCUCCAUCUCCAUCUCCUCCACCACUGGGUUCAUCAGCCCUACGGUCGGCUACACCGAGCUGAGCACCAUUGAGACCACUGAGCUUGACACGUGGGCCUUGACGCGGGUGCCGAGCGGGCUGGCCAUUGCCGCCUUUGUCAUCAGCAUCGUGGCCCUGGCCUCCUCCCUGGCCACCAUUCUGUGCUACUGCUGCUGUCAGAAGAGGAGCCAGGCAGUCGCAAUGCAGAUGAAGGCACCCAAUGAAUGUUAGAGGCUGGCUGGGGUGGGGCUAGGGUGUCAGGACCCGACCAUCCAGGGAUUUCACUGUCCACCCCGGGCCCACAGGGCUGUCCGCUCCUCCCUCGCUCUGGCUCUCGCAGGACCCUCUCUCCACCAGGGACGACCAACUGGCCGUGGCAAAAACCCUGUGGGUUUCCAGUUCACAUCCCCAUCUUCCUUCAGGAAAGGUCCUCCUCCAAAGCCUCACCAGCUCUCCUCCAAGAACAAGCCUCUCUGUGCCCAUGCCCCUGCGGCCUCAGGAUCAGUCACUGCGUGCCUGCUCACUUUGUGGGAUAGUCCUCUCCUGGAACAGCCCCUCUCCCACAUAGUACGUAGGUUGACUUCCCUUCUUCUGCCGUCCUGUUUGUGGAAUAGCUCUACCCUGUGCCCUCAAGGGAAAGGGCCCCCUCGAUUUUCUGCUUCUGAAGGGGGAUGAGUUCUCUCCUCAGAGAAGGCUUCAGAUCAUGCAGGUGCUUUCUGAGGAACUGCCAGGCAUCCUGGCUGUCCGGGUGCUGUGAAAGAGAGAUGGAGGAAUGCUGCUGCUCAGCUCCCGGAGACGGAGUCAUCCUCAGUGUCUCUCUCAUGAUUUUUAUUUGGAAAAGGAAAAAGGAACCAAUGCAACGAGCUCAGCCUUUCAGAUUCUGAUAUUUACGAACUGCAAAUUUGCUUUGAAAAUUUUAGUCCUUUAAGGAAUAAACUCAUGUGGUGUUUUUGA